AUGGCCGUUGGGCCGCCACUUGUGUACGCCGAUCAGGCGUACUCGAUAGUCCGCAAGAAAGACGCUAUCGGGUUCUCUAGAGAUGUUUGCGCUAUCUUACUGCUCGCCAACAUUACUCGUUGUUUCUUCUGGCUCGGAAACCGUUUCGAGUUCGCCCUUCUCUUCCAAUCGCUCUUCAUGAUUGUGGCACAACUAGCCCUGCUGUACAUCUGCAUCCUCUAUCGUCCUAAG